CUGUGUAGAAAAUUUCAUCGCGAUUAGACUCUCCUUUCAAAAGUUAUCGUGUUAACCGCCGGCCGGACGGACACACUGACCGAUUCUAGAGUGUACUCACUUUUUGAGUACACAAAAAUAGAAGGAAAAUACAGUUGUCCACCAUAAAAGACAUUGAUCGACCACUACACUACAUCUAUCAGUCUAUAUAUAUAUGUAUAAAUGCCUUUCUAAAUUUUUUUUCUUUCACAUUCUUAAUCGUUCUACUUGUCUACCAUCAUUCACAUGAGUCAAAAAGUUCCCACAGUAUCAAAUUCAUCUGUAAGUAAUCCACUUUUUUCUACAGUUCAAAGUUAGAUCAAUACAAAAAGUAGAAUACAAUCAAACUAUAUUUUAUUUAUUUCGCUUUAGUUUUUUCUUGUCUUAGAGUUCAGUCUUUUGUGCAUGAGACAGACAUUAGAAUAGAGUAAAUAUUGACUUUUUCACCGCUUAAUAUCGCUCAGUUAAUGACCUGAGUUAUUUAUCUCGUUGACUCUAAUACAUAAGAAUCUCAUAUUCUUACUACUCUGAACAGUACCAUGUUGUGUGUAAUUUAUAGUAUUAGUUGUGCUCCCAUUUUGUCCAAUGGUUUUUAUCGAUGUCGCGAUUAGCAAUGUGCAGAGAAAAUUACAGUAAUAUAUAUUACAAAUGACAGCAAAUGGAAGGUGUGCUGUACGAGAACAUAUAAUAGCAUUUGUCUUUGGAUACAGAAGAAUUUUGCGUUAAAUUUAUCGUCACUAGGGAUCAUGUAUUGUAACAGAUGAACGUAUAAUAUUGAGUUAGUAUCAUAAAGUACUUGUUUUUUUUUUGUUUGUUUUAGACAAGCGAUGAAAGUGACACUGGCUUACUUAAAACAAGAGAUACUAAAUCACGUCAAACAACAUGGCCUCAAACAUGUUAUACAACAGAUAGUCAACCAUAUCAUACAAGAAAUAAAAAACCAAGGCAUUCAACAAAUAAUGAACCAUGUCGAUAUCAUCGUUGUUAUGCGAAUGAUGGUCGUUCAAAUGUAACAAUGCCAACAGGCUUAUUGUUAAUUACAUUAUUAGCAACAUUUAUAUUAGGUUAUUGUAUCGGUAGGGUCGCUUAA